UUACAAUUUCACUGACGUCAUCAUACAGGGAAAACAUAGUUGCGAGCCUGGCAGCCGCAGGGGUGUGUGCUACAGGGGUAUGAUAAUUAUAAAUAAAACGAUGAUUCAGACCUGGAUCAAAUGGGGAUGGACUGGAUGUGCCAUGCAGAGGAGGCAGAGCAGUAACACCGAUGGCAUGCCCUCAGAAAGGUUCGAGUCUACAUUCUAGGACACAGACCUCUCUGCAGGUUCAUCAUAACCUGACAUUUCCCACUAAAGAGGAAGGUAGAUAAGACAUGUUACCUUCAGGAACCAAAUUCAUUGAAAGGAAAUGCAGGAAAUAGACUAGACAACAGUCUUUGAACCGUCAAAAGAUGUAGCUGAUCCCCUCUGCUCUCCAGGACCCAUAGCCAAACCCUGGGAUCAUAAAGCAGCCUGGACCAAGGCCUGUUUGACUGCCUGAAGCCUGACUCUCCUACCUCCCUUAGCAGCUCUUCUCCGGCCUGGUUGGGGUCGGGGUUCCCUCUGGUCCGGCGUGCCCUCAGCUAACUUCCAGGCAGUUGGCCUGGUUCUGGGGACUCCCCAAGACGUCUUCAUCCAGAUGACCGUCUCCUCCAGGGAGGAAAGGGGUCCACACCACAAUGAGGGUGGGCAAGACCUCCCCCGCCCGCCCUCUCAACUUCAUCACCACCAGCCACUCCAGCACCGUACCUUCCUCCUGCACUCGGCUGCAGGGGCCAUAGAGAGGCAUGGGAACAGGAAGGUGGUCUCGGAGGAGCCCUCUACACUAGCACCAGCAAUAUCGGAUCUGAAGUCUGUAGUCACCUGGCUGCAGAGGGAAUUCCCAUUCCUCCUGAUCCUCCUAGAUAAAGUUUGUUUUCAGCACAAGCUGGGUAUUGCUGUGUGCUGGGAUGGCCAGCACGUUUCCUUCGCCAAUUCAACAUUCAAGCACCUGGUGUCGCUACGGGUAGUCUUCACAUUUUAUACAACUUCGAUCUGAGACCAUAACUCUUAUAGUUUUUAGGUUUUUACAUUUAUAAACAUUUGAGCAUAUUUCUUGAGUGUUAUCUAGUCUACAUAAAUAGCUAGCUUGAGAAUUGGUUCUGGCUCAGCUCGUGAGAACAUACAUACAUUAUUGAUUAAUAAUGCAUUUGAUUAUUUACUAUUUGUCUGUCUGCGUAUCAGGAGGAGAGGUCUGUGGUUGUAGCACUGUGGAUGAUCAUACUUCUAUCUAGAAAAAUAUUGUAUCACUACUACACAUUCAGUGCUGCGCAGUUGUACAACAGGCAUAUGUCACCAUGUGACUACGUUUCAUCCCGAUGUUUGCAAAGCCCAACAUCAACAGCUUUGACUUCUUUGAUCUGGGCGAUGGGGAUCACUGACUUUGUUCUCAAGUACUUCACCAUCGGCCCUGUUUCUGCCCAAGAUCCUCCGGGCCUUUAAAUCCAUGUCGUUUGACCUCUGUGGCCGAGUAUCAGCCAUACGCAGGGCUAUGGAAAUUUUCUGCAGUUCUCAGAUCCAACCGUCCAGUUUUUAUCCAUCUCAUCCCCGAUCCACCUGAGGCGAGAGGCGAGUGACUGGGUCCCGGAGCAUGGUGAGGUUCCUUGGGCACAGACCAUCACGUCGCCGGGUAGAGGCAGAGGCUCGUCUAUCGGGAGCCAGCACAUCUUCUCUACAAAUCGCUCUAUCUUCUUUAUAUGUCCCCUCCUCUGAUCCGCUCUUAUAUAAAAUUAUCCUCCUUACUGUCCGGAUCUGAUCAGAUCUGGACUGUGUUUCUCUCUCUCUCUCUCUCUCUCUCUCUCUCUCUCUCUCUCUCUCUCUCUCUCUCGUUAUACACGAUUAAAGAGUCACAUGGUGUAAGGGGUUUACAUCAUCUUUUCCCAAAAGAGAGAGGUAAUCAUUAACUCUUAAAAAAACGUCGUCUCAUCUUAUCUGACGAGCCUUUUGUUUGAUAGGAUGGAGGAAUAGCGAUGUCUAAUUGGAUAAUCAUAGGAUUUAAAAUCAGUACAAUACAGGCUACUGCCCCUAGACAUUUUACACAAUCUGAAUUUUAUGCUAUUUGAUAAUUAUGUAUUUUCAUGUCAAUCUUAUUAAUUGUACCAGUUAUUCUAUUUUUAAAUGAAAUAUUGUAAUAAUGCACCACAGUUCGCAACGCCUAAAAUAAACAUUGAGAGGAAUUAAACAUAGCGGAACUCUUAAGACCGCAAAGUAUCUCUAGUCGGACAGUUUUUGUUCCAGGACUUCAGUGUUUGUUUUAGUUUUAGCAUGAGCUAUAUAAGUUACCUAGCCAGCUACUAACAAUUUAACCCUACCAAUUUGUAAUUUUGUCUAAAAAUAACAAGUCAACUAUAUGUAUGUUGUUGUAACUAUGUUAGAAAAACAUGGCAGAAGACGAGCUUCUGGCGUUCAGAGAGCAUUGGAAGCAAGAACUGACGAUUAAAAACGAGGCGCAUUCGAACCGUAACGUUACUCUUCAACCAAGUCGGGAAGACUCUAAAUUAAAACGGUAUUUUGAAGAUUUCGGUCAGAACAGAAGUGAACCAGAAAAAAGACAGGAUUCGACAUCACAGGGGAGCAGUAAGGGAGGACAGGAUGCAUUUUUGUCUGCAGCAAAAAUUCAAAAUGAGGACCAACCCGAAUAUGUGUCGAUAGCCGAGGGCUUGCUAGAUGGAAGGACCAGUCCCUUGUUGGAGAGGAUCCAGGAGGAGAGGACUCGAAGGAAGAGACAAUACCACAGUCUGACAAGCGCCUGUAACACCUCCCAAAAACAACCCCAGAGGAAAAUUAACAAGGGUGACAAAUUAGUGGAUCAAUUCAUUCAAGACCUGAAUGAGACAAAUGACAUUCCCUUCUUUGACAUUGAGUUGCCCUACGAGUUAGCUCUGAAGAUCUUCCAGUACCUCAGUCGGACAGAGCUGGGGCGAUGUGCUCAGGUGAGCAAGGCGUGGGGGGUCCUGGCAGAGGAUGAGGUGCUGUGGUUUAGGAUGUGUCAGACAGAGGGUUAUCAGCACGGGGCCUCUGUCUCUGACUCCCCCUGCUGGAAGAGCAUGUUACGAGACUGCAGGAACUCUGAAAACACUGUGCGCUCCAACUGGAAGAAUCGUGUUGGAUCAAUCAGCCAACUGCAGUACGAGCUGGGGAAAGUGUUGUGUGAUGUCAGUUCCUGUGACAGCUAUGUUGUUGCUGGGUACACGUCAGGGGACGUGAGACUGUGGGACACUCUCCACUGGGACUCUGCAGCCUCCUUCCUGAAGCCAAGCCCCCUGACGGCAGACGUCACCCCCAGACCUCACGUCAGUCACAUCCGGGUCAACAACACUGUGGCUGUGGCUGCCUAUGACGAUGGAUGUGUGGAUGUGUGGAGCACAGAGACGGGACAGGAGCCCGUCCACCACUUCCAGAUCCCUGGGAGGGUCCACGCCCUGGCUCUGAGCCUGGAGAGCCCCACCUUGGCUACUGCUGCUGGGCUAGACGUCCGGCUGGACCAGCCUGAUGAGAGGGGCUACUGGAGAACCCUCUGCCAGGCCACGCUACCCAAACCUAGACUCUGGUCCCAGGUGGAGUCUAUGGUUGUGGUGCCAUGGGCCGGGGGGCGAGGAGGGGACAGUGUCCCCCUGGUGGCCCUGUCUGCUGGGGAGACGGUGUUCCUGCUGGCCCCUGAGGACUUGGAACCCCGGGUGCUCCACACCGUCUACGGCCACCCCAUCACCUGUCUGGAUGCCUCGGCCUCUCACGCUGCCCUGGGGGUCAAGAGCUGUGGCUGGGCCAUGAACGAUGGAGGCAACAAGAUCCAUGUGUACAGCCUAGAGACGGGCCAGUCGGAGAUAUCUGUGGGGAACUCAGCGGGAGACUUCUCCUGUGUCAACCUGAGAGACAGCCCUCCUCACAUGCUCAUCUGUGGAAACAAAGAUAGGAGGGUGAGGGUGUUUGACCUGCGCACCGGCUCCUCUGUCACAUCGCUGUAUGCCCACCACAUGGGCGUGACCUCCGUGCAGGCAGACGAUUGGAAGAUUGUGAGUGGCGGAGGUGAGGGAUUGGUCUGCGUCUGGGAGAUGAGGAUGGGAGCUAAACUUUGGGAGAUGCACAACAGGCACCCAGUCAGACACUUGAGAUUCAACACCAGCACUCUGGUGACAGCCAACAUCCCAGACGAGAAGUCUCCACGAGGGGCCUGCAUCACAGAUGAUGACCUCACAGCCCACCGCAGACAUAGGGGAGUGAUUUGCCACUAUGACUUCUCAGAGGACUCCACCUCCCAGGACCAUGUUCUGCCCAUCUGCAGGUCCAACUAUGUGGAGUCAUCUGGCUACAACUACAACAUUGGCCUGGCCGUGCCCUAUGACAUCCUGUCUGGCUCUCACCCCUCCCACUGACCCCUACCACCAGCCCUUCAGACCCCUACUAUUAGUACCAUCAGCCCUGCAGACCCCUUCCACCAGCCCAUGUUCUGCCCAUCUGCAGGUCCAACAAUGUGGAGUUACCUGGCUACAACUACAACAUUGGCCUGGCCGUGCCCUAUGACAUCCUGUCUGGCUCUCACCCCUCCCACUGACCCCUACCACCAGCCCUUCAGACCCCUACUAUUAGUACCACCAGCCAUUCAGACUCCUUCCACCAGCCCUUCAGACUCCUUCCACCAGCCCUUCAGACCCUUACCACCAGCCCUUCAGACCCCUUCCACCAGCCCUUCAGACCCCUUCCACCAGCCCUUCAGACUCCUUCCACCAGCCCUUCAGACUCCUUCCACCAGCCCUUCAGACUCCUUCCACCAGCCCUUCAGACUCCUUCCACCAGCCCUUCAGACUCCUUCCACCAGCCCUUCAGACCCCUACCACCAGCCCUUCUGACCCUUACCACCGACCCUUCAGACCCUUACCAUCAGCCCUGCAUACCCCUACCACCACCAGCUCUGCAGACCCCUACCACCACCAGCUCUGCAGACCCCUACCACCAGCCCUGUAGACAGUAUGUACAAAGCAAAUCAGCUUUUAUAUAUCCUUUUGAUUUUUCAAACUGAAUCAGAUUUUUAAUUAGUAGCUGCCCUUAUUUUUAAAAGAAGUUCAUGUUUCCUUGGACUGUUAAGGAGUUUGAUUUAAUCUUGCAAUUUUUUCCUAGAGCAAUGGAUUCUGAAUGGAUUUCAUCUUAUGAUGGGAUCAUGUUUUGUUAAAGAUCCAGUGCAGUCAAACACGUGAUUUUUCUGUGUUUUAUAUAUAUUUCCACAUUGAGGUUGUGAAAUUUGAGCAUGAUGAUAUUGCUCUUUUAGUGUUUGGUUAGCCUGUUUUGGUGGCAUAGAUGUUUGGCCUUCCAUAGUGAAAUCACCAUGCUGUAAAUUAGUUAAUAGAGCAAUAAGAAAGAUGGUUUCAAACCCCUGCCAAUAAUAGCUCUUUUUCAGUUUUCUCCUUACCACUCCCAGAUAUUCCUAGCAAAAUUCUUGCUUGAGAAAUUUCUCUUUGCUAAGAAGCUACUUCUGUUAAUCUUUUACCAUUUUACCGUGAAACAAUCACAGUACGGUACUUAAUUUUUACCCAGAAAUGAUUUGAUAUUGAGAUAGAAACUGCUGCAUUGGACCUUUAACUAGACAUUGAAGUUGGUACUGACAUCCUCCAUAAAUUGAUGGGCAACAACGGUCACAUGGUCUUUUCACUUAAUUUACUUCAGUGGAAUUGCAAAUGGCAGUCUUAUCUAUCUUCACAAGAAGAUGGAAGCAAAACACAAGUAACUCCCAACAAUUUUUCAUCUCAUCAUUUCUUUAUUUUUAAUUAAUGACUAAAAUAUGUGUAUACAUUAUUGCAAAGGCUAUUACAGGUUCUUUGGAUAUAAAGAACAAUAUUAAUCUAA